CCCUGGCUCUUUGUGGGACCGCGAGCUCGGCGGAGAGCGGGGCUCGCCGUCUGCAUUCCGACGCCUCUGGCCGCGGGGCCGUCUCGGGAAGGCGAACCCGCGAACGCCCAGCGCCCACGCUCUGCGUCCGUGUCAUUUUCAUUCCGGACACAGCGACCGUUUUUAAAUCACAAGGGCGUGGGUCAGCCUCCCCUAGGACUUCAUGUCUGUAUAUUUCCCCAUUCACUGCCCUGACUAUCUGAGAUCAGCCGAGAUGACUGAGGUGAUGAUGAACACCCCAUCCAUGGAGGAGAUUGGCCUCAACCCCCGGAAGGAUGGCCUUUCCUAUCAGAUCUUCCCUGACCCGUCAGACUUUGACCGCUGCUGCAAGCUGAAGGACCGCCUGCCCUCCAUAGUCGUCGAACCCACAGAGGGGGAGGUGGAAAGUGGGGAGCUCCGGUGGCCUCCCGAGGAGUUCUUGGUCCAGGAGGAUGAGCAAGACAACUGCGAAGAGACGGGGAAAGAAAACAAGGAGCAGUAGAGUGUCCGUGGGCUUUCCGGGGUCAUGCCAGCCAGCAUCUGGACCUGAACUGUGUUUUUCCCAUGGCGAUGGAAGAAGAGAGUGAGCCCCGAUCAUUCUGAAAAUGUCAAAUGAGGCUUCUGUUGCACCUGCAAAUCACCCGAGUUGGUUUUCUUUUCUUUUCUUGUCUCUUUGAAAUUCAUUGAGCAGUGGAGCCCUCUGACAAGUUGCAAAGCCUUCAGAGAAAGGAAGCUGCGGAGAGCCGGGGUGGGGGUGUGAGAAAGGAGCUGCUUCUGAGAUCAGUAUCUGGGCUCCAGCAGCCAGACAGUGGGGGGGUCCGGUGGGCUGAGGGGGAUGGGCAGACAAGCAAGGAACAUUAGGGUCAGGAAAACAAACCUGGGGCAAAAGAAAAACAAUUACAUGUUGUUAAGAAAACAUUGAGCGGAGAACUGCAGCCAGGAAGUGUUCAGCACGCAUUCUCUGGUUGGCGGGGCAUCAGAAACCAACCCUUCAUCUCUCGCUCCGUCUCACCCACUGCCAGCCUUUGCUUUUACUUCAGGUGUGUCGAUCUAAGACAGAGAGGAAGGCGCAGGGGGCCAGGAGAAAUGGGCUGCUUACAAAGCUGGCUAGAGGGAUAUUCGGGAAAAGAAAGGAAAGGUCGGUCACCCUGUGCAUCCCACAGAUGCUGCCCCCUCCUGCAGCAGGCUCAAGGAACCCCAAAGACCUGAGAUUUUUAAGAAGCAGUGCUUUUAAGCUUUUCUCAUUUGCCUCCAGUACUUUGAGGAGUGAGAGGGCAUUUCCUGCCCUUGUUGGUACCCCAAGGCUGAUGGUUGGGCAUUCCCCUCUUCUCUGACCCUCUCUUAGACUUGUUCUUAGCGUCCCACAGGGCAGAGGUGCGGCUCAGUGGCUCCCCCAGGGCUGCCUUUCCACCUCCUCCUGCCAUCCUCUGGCAGUGGCCACCACUGCAGCCAGACUGAUGGGACUGCAGCCCCCUGAAUGGCAGCAGCGCCCACUCCCUGCUUGGAUCUUGGCUUGACUUUCUGUGGGAGCUGAGGGAGAGCACUCUUCUUGUGGGGAGGUGCAUUCUCAUGCAGGUCCCACUGGCUGGUACAGUCCUGGGGUGUCGUGGAGCAGCCAUGGGAUCCAGUUUGAGAAGAGAUCUCUACUCCUCCUGACCUUGUUCCUGGACGCAGGUGGGAGGAAGGCGUGGGGAGGGCGCACUCUGGUGACCCUGCGGACCUGUGGCCUUCAUCCCACCCCACCUUCCACCUGUUUCCAGCAAGGACAACAGUUGCCUGAGAAAGUCAGCCUCUGGACUCAGCUUCCAGUCAUAGCUCAGAACCUUCUGGAACAACAGGUUGCAGGAGAGACUCUGUUUCAGAGCAGGACUUUGUGGCCAAGGGGUGGAUUUAGAGCCUUCUUUGGGCUACACCAGCCACGAAAGGCGCCCACAAUGUCCCCUCAGGUCUCCAGUUAGGCCAGCUUGGCCCUGGUCUUGGACUUAUGUGUCUAGCUGUGUUUAAUACCUCGCGGUCAGUGUGGCUCUGGGGCAUGUCAGGGCAGGAGGAGGGGAUGUUCUGUUGACGUGGGGAUUUGGUUCUGGGAUGCCGGCAGUCACCCCCACCCCUGCUCUCCCCUCUGUCCUCUGCCUGUGUCACACACACCGAUGGCAAUAACUUCUUCUGGCUCCUCCCAGCAGAUGCAGGAGGGCCUGGAGCCUGUGCUGCAUGGGGGCUUCUCUCUUCCUCCCCACUUCCUUCCGUUCUGGCUGCAGAGGUCCAUUCAUCCUAACCCUCUCACUCCCUCACAGCAUUUCUUGUCCCUUGCUUCCCUUUGUGGACGUGGGUCUUGCCUUUGAAAUUCUUGUGCUUCAGUGUCUCCCUCUCAUCUACUACCUGGGAUCAUCUGUUGCUGUCUUGACAUGUGAUGGAAAUGUGCUUGUAAACCACGCAUCAAAUCGACUCUGUGUAUAUGUAUGUUAUGGGGAUGGUUUGUUCCUUUUGCUGGUCACUAGACCACUUCGUACCACCGUCUGUGGCCUGAGCAGGCCAGGGGCGGACAGCUCAUGUCAGGCCCUUGGCAGUUGAGCCUGCUGGGGGACCCAGCUGCUCUUGGACAAGUGGCUGAGCUCCUGUCUGGCCUCCUCUUUUUUUUUUUUUUUAAGUAAUUUGUGUGUAUUUCUAACUGAUCGUAUUGAAAAAAAAAAAUCCUAGUAUUU